AUGGUAUCAUCUGCAGCUAGUGUCUUGGUAGACCAAGCAGCCGCAUUGGUCACUGCAACACGCCAAUGGCAGAUCGAAUCUCCCAUCGAUGCCUUCAAAGCCGACCUGGAAGAUUCUCUUGAGGCCAUUGAGGAACAAAUCGAAAGAAUUUCUGAUAUGGCGAAACCGCUAUCCUCGGACCGUUCCCGGUUGGAUUCGAUGGGGACGGAAUUAUGGAAUGCUUGUCGCAUCCAAGUGAUGGAGGCAAGUCCGAGUAACAGAGACUCAAUGGCAAUCAACAUCAGAGUGUUGGCCAUCGCCGUCGCGCUGCUCGACCUUGCCUCGCCGUUCAAUCCUCCAGGGCAUAUCAGGAUUCUAGAGCUAGGUAUCGAAGCAGCUCGUGUUUGCAUGGACACUACUUAUCUCGACAGUGCUCUCAAAUUAAUCAAAGUGGCAGCAAAGCGACUUGAUCCACUGGAGACGUAUGUCCCAGAGAUUGACCAAGUCCAUCUGAGCGCUCUCUCUGCCGAAUACUACAUGCUUCGCGUGCAUUUGGCUUGCCAACAAGGUCGACAUGACAUUGCUGAUCACCUUUUCAGCAAAGUCCCACUCAAGAGUGCAUUGAAAAAUCGCUCUCAUGUCAUUGAGCGAUGCCUUUGCAUUGGUCGAGGCUCACUGGAAGCUGGUCAGAAUGAAGCUGCAAUCAAGUGGCUCGACAUCGCGCUUGGCGAGUUGCAAGAGAAUCUGGACUAUCAGGGACUGAAUUCGGGAAAUUUUGAACUGCAAAUCAGGCAUACACUUGCAUGUGCCUAUAUGAAAAUCGAUACCCCCGAGGCAGCCAGGAAGCUUGAGGGGCAAACUGCUGUACUCUUAACAAAGUAUGGAGAUACCCCUGCCGUGCACUUGCUCGAGCUUGAGAUCAUUCGCCGAGAAGAGAACCCGAGCAGUGACGAAUUCUUUCGGGUCUUGAGGGCUAUAAUCGAGAAGCUCGAUUAUACUGAGGAGUAUCUCAAUGUAGCCCUUGGCUAUAUCAAAUAUUCGAUGCGCUUGAGCAUCGGUCUUGCUUUCGAGAUGCACCAUUUGUUGCUAAAGUCCCUGCCAUGCGACAAGCGCGGGUGGAUAGAAGAAUGCUUCCUUUGGCUUGCUUGGAUGGUCAGUUCUGCGCCAGAUGAGCUGGAGGUCCCGGAAGAAACGUGCAUGAUGGCAAUGAAUGAUGCGCUGGGUUUCCUCAAAUAUCGGGGCAUUGAGAUCAUGAGCCAGGAGGCGACACACGUGUUCAUCACUAUCCUUCUGAGCAUGCUUGAAAAUCCAGAGGCGUCCUCUCACCGGCAGAUUGCUGAAAAGUGGUGCCUGCUCACCUUGAACACAAAGGUCUUUAAUGACUGCUUCACAUCCGCCAAGUUCAAUCUUCAGAAAAGAUUGGCCACAGUUUUCUUCGGCAACAACAACUUGCUCUUGGCUCGGCAGACUCUGGAUCGAAUACUGACUGAAAAGGAGACAAAGUCCGAUCUCAAAAUCCAAUGCCUUCUCUUCAAGCUUGGACUACACGAUAAGAAGAAUGUAUACCUGAAGGAUUAUGCUCUCGAGUUGUCUCUUCCUGACCAACUGGAAUUCUUUGGAGGCUGUGCGGUGGAGGCAGACAGGCUGAACAAGUCUAAUGUGGUGAUUGACUGCAUCCUGGAGUUUAUGAGUUUGACAACUCUUCGUGAGAUCUCUCAAGAAGGAGGGCCUGUCGAUGAAGCCCGAUCUGACCUUGUCAAAUCACUAUCAGCGGCCAAUUCAAUCAGCUUCCCGCUUUCAAUGCUCUCUUCAGUGAUGGAGAAAGAGCAGGCAGUCUGCAGCGAGAAUGUACUUGACUUGACGUAUUCAGGUAAAACUCAAGUGCUCGGCAUUGCUCUGGGCUAG